AUGUAUCUUUUUCAUAUGAAAUUGUUUCGUAUCCUAUAUUGUUCAACAGAUGAAUCAAAUACGAAUGCAAGUCAGUUUGAAAUUGAAGUUCAUGAUGAUAAUAACGAACAACAAUGUACCGAUAUAUUAAUAGAAACAACAACUGCAGUAAAUACUGACAAACCUGCUGAAUUAUCUCCAACAAUAGCAGCUCGUUUCUUAGGAGUAUUUUAUAUAUUAGCUUCAACAUUUAUUUUUGUAAGUUCAACAUUUAUAACAAAAGAAAUAAAAGCAGAUGUACUUGAUGCACUUAUUCCGUGUUAUCUAUUGCAAAGCAUCAUGUUGAUUGUCUAUAUGAAAUCAAUAAAACAUUAUUCAUUAUAUAAACAAUCAAGCAAACAAGAAAUAGUUUUUUUAUUCGUCAACCUUUUUUUUUGUGCAACUGGUGGUUUUACUUUUGCUUUUGCUUAUCGUUAUUUAACAUUACCAGAUUUAACAACAAUACGUUUUACACAAAUCAUUUGGACAGCAAUAAUAACUUCAAUUCUCUAUCGUGAAACACCAUCUAUAUCAAUGAUAAUAUCUAUUUUAUUAUCAACUUCGGGUGUGAUAUUUGUUGCUCAACCUAGUUUUAUAUUUAGUAAAAUGUCGAAUAUAUCUGAAACUAAUAUCUCAAAUAAUCAUGAUCAACGUUUAAUAGGUAUAUUAAUUGCAUUAUAUGCUGCAAUAGCGAUGGCUAUAACGGUAAUAUCAAAUAAACAUUUAUUAUCAAAAUAUAAAACAAAACAAAGUUUAAUAAUGUUCUUAAAUGCAUUUGCAACAUUUUGGAUUUUAGUUGGAAAUGUAUUUUAUAAAUAUAAUUUUUUUUUUGAAAUGGAAUCAUUUAAAAAGGAUUUUUUUAAUUGGAGAUAUUUAUGUGCAUCAUCGAUUUGUUUAUUGCAAAUACUUGCAUUAACUUCAGCAGUUGAAUCAAAUACGAAUGCAAGUCAGUUUGAAAUUGAAGUGCAAGAUGAUAAUAACAAACAACAAUCUCUUGAUCUAUUAGCAGAAACAACAACUGCAGCAGAUAGCAAUAAGUCUGUUGAAUUAUCUCCAACAAAAGCAACUCGUUUCUUAGGAGUAUUUUAUAUAUUAGUAUCAACGUUGAUUGUUGUAAGUUCAAUGUUUAUAACAAAAGAAUUGAAAGUAGAUGUACUUGAUGCAUUAAUUCCCUGUUACCUAUUUCAUAGCAUCAUACUAAUUGUCUAUAUGAAAUCAAUAAAACAUUAUUCAUUAUAUAAACAAUCAAGCAAACAAGAAAUAGUUUUUUUAUUCAUCAACGUUUUUUUCUCUACAACUGGCGUUUUUGCUUAUUUUUUUGCUUAUCGUUAUUUACCAUUACCAGAUUUAACAACAAUACGUUUUACACAAAUAAUUUGGACAGCAAUAAUAACUUCAAUUCUCUAUCAUGAAAAACCAUCUAUAUCAAUGAUAAUAUCUAUUUUAUUAUCAACUUUGGGUGUGAUAUUUGUUGCUCAACCAAGUUUUAUAUUUAGUAAAAUAUCGAAUAUACCUGAAACUAAUAUUUCAAGUGGUCAUUAUAAACGUUUAAUAGGUAUAUUAAUUGCAUUAUAUGCUGCAAUAGGAAUGGCUAUAAUGGUAAUAUCAAAUAAACAUUUAUUAUCAAAAUAUAAAACAAAAGAGAGUUUAAUAAUGUUCAUAUUUGAAUUUGUAAUAUUACAUAUACUAGUUGCUAAUGUAUUGUUUAGAUAUAAUUUUUUUAUUGAUAAAAUGCAAUUGUUUAUAAAUGAUUUCUUUAAUUGGAGAUAUUUAUGUGCUUCAUCAAUUUGUUUAUUACAUAUACCUGGAUUUAUCUUAUUACAGAAAGGAAUUAAAUUGGAACAUCCAUCAAUAGUUACCAUACUUCAAUCUAGUGGGAUUAUAUGGUCUAUUCUAUUACAAAAUAUCUUUUCAUCAGUAAAAUCAAACUUUUUAUCGUUACUUGGUUCAAUACUUGUUUUAACAAGUAUAUUAAUAAUAACUGGAUUUAAAUUUAUUAAUGAGAAAAAAGACCAAAAACAAUCUGUACAAGCAUGCUCUAUUGAAUAA